GUGACGACGUGCUCCUUCGGCGGCUCCUCCACGAACUCCUCUGUCCGAUGCACAACGGGAAAAGAAGCCACAUCAAGUCCGUGAUUCCCCUCAACCCUAGUUCCUCAAAUCCUUCGUCUCCGACUCGAUCGGCUGCUUCAUCUCGAUCGCCGGCACCUCUUCACAGAUCCACCCCGGCUGGCGCAUCCCGUCCCCGUUGUGCAUCGGCGCGCGGAACCAAUUAUACGCGGCUGACUGCAAAGAUGCAGAUAGAGAAGAGGAAGAGGGGCCAUGAAGCUACUCCUCGCGAAACACGCAUUAUACAGCGAGAGAAGAGGAAGAGGGACCAAGAAGCCAGUCGUGGUCCAUUGCUUUCAAGCGCUAUUUCUCGCCAAACACGCAUGAGAGAGAGAUUGAGAGAGAAUGGCGCAAUUCAAAGAGGCCACGGACAGGUGCAAGAAAGAAUUUGAGGAACGAUUUGGAGGUCCUCCUGACCAACCUGUUUCGAGCCGGAGUUUUGAAGAGAAGCCAUUUGGUUCCACAGAUGUCGUUUGCGGUGAUUUGUUGGCUUCCAAGAUUGUCUCGCUUGCUUUAUAUGAUGGAGACAAGCUGGUAUUUGCAUGCUCGGGUGUAGCUAUACAAUCUAUCACAACGACGAGACCAGAACUAUCAAAAUUUGUGACUUAAAAACGUUUGGUGACAGAAUUUGAAGCUAACAGAAACAGAGCUGAUAAAUUGAGGAUUACUGUGCGCCUUCCCGACAAAACAAGUAUCAAUGGGUUCUUGGGACUAUAUGAUAGCCAUGUUGCUAUUGUCACGUGCUUCUGCUUCACAGGUGUCCUUCCUGUAGACCUGCAUUCUCAUAUACAAGCGCAGCAUGCUCCUCUAGUAGCUGUUGGGCGAGCCUUCAGCUUGGGCACUUUGAUGACCACUGAUAGGCACCUUACUGAAUUCCCGGCUGAAGGUGAUCUGAUCCAUUUUCCUUGUCCUAUCACAGAGGCUGGACUUGGAGGGCCAGUUAUUGAUCUAGCUGAGCACGUUCUGGGAUUGAGCAUUGAUAUCGUUAAUGAAACUACCUUGAUCCUACCGCUUAUGGCGCUUCGUGAACGCUUGGAAUAUUUGGACAAGUUCAUUCCAAACUCUACGAACUUCCAUGAAUAUACCUUGCCUGAAGAUGUACACAGCAUAGUCCCAUCAGGAUUUAUGAAGCAUGUGAAAUAUCUAAUGGCUGGUGGAUAUCCUAAGCCACCACCACUUAUGCUCGAAGUCUGUGGGAGAUUGUGUGAUACAUUUGAAGAAUUUUUUGGUCAACUUCUUGCUUAUAAGGGCUGUUGUUGCAACAUCAAUCAUCAUACCUCUGGGGAGGAGGUCUGGGCUAAACUUCCCAAAGGUGUCGUCACAAAGAUCAGCCGGCGUGUUGUCACACUUAGUUCAUACGAUGGAGACGUGAGAGCUUUUGCAUGUACAGGCCUGCUUAUGAAGUGGCAUAAAAAUGGCACGCCUGUUAUUCUGACUUCGGCCAGUUUGGUUAGAAGUCGGGUUGAUGAAGACAAGAUUGAUGAAAAUUUUAAGAUUAGGGUAUUUCUCCCACCGAAACAGGCUGGGAUCGGAGGACCCCUUGUUAAUUUCGUUAACGGAUCUUUUGCUGGCAUGAACUUCUAUGAUAGAACUAAUAGAAUUCCUUACCUGCCAAGGAGAUUCAUUGUACGAGCUUUAAGCAGGAUUGAUCUCCCAUCUCAAAGAGGAUUGAACCAUCCCAUAGACAUAAUGGGUGAUGCCACAGUUAAGAAAAACAGGUGGCCGGUGCCUAAACCAUAUUGGUACCAGAGUAUGUUUGAUGAUGAGCCUCCUCUCCGUUUUGUUGGAAGGGUGCUCCAUUAGUGCUAUCUACUUAUCUCGAUGUCCCAAUUCUACUCUUUCUAGCAAGUAUUUCAAUGUGCCACUCUAUGUAAAUAUGUCCCCAGGCUUUGUAAAUAUGUGUUACACUAUGUCGUUCUAAUGGCUCGGCAUAAGUUUAUAUUAAGUACUGAA